ACGAUUCAGUCGGUUUAGAUUCGUCUGUCGUUCAUCAUAUAACCAAGAUGAACAGAAGCGAUCUUUUUUCUAUCUUAUUAUUUAUUCUCUUUGUUAUGUAUAAUGAUGUGAUAGCAAGUAAUAAUUGCAAUGAUGUCGAAAGCAAAUCGCCUAUGUCACGACUGAAGAAAAGUCUUCUCUGCGAGUACGAUUCCGAAGUAAGACCAGUCCAAAACAACAAUAACAAGACGCGGGUAACAUUUCGAAUGAUACCGCAUUUUUUUCGCUAUACCUUUGAAGAAGAACUUUUCGAAUUACAUACGUGGAUAGGGAUGGGAUGGCUUGAUUCACAUUUGACAUGGAAUCCUGAACAAUACGAUAAUAUCAAGUGGAUAACUAUAUCAAGCAAUCAAAUUUGGGUUCCGGACAUUUUAAUACAUAACGAACGAAUUGGAGAGAGUUCAUUGGGUAAUAGCCAUUCGAAAUGUUGGGUCGAAAAACAUGGAAUGGUUCAAUUGUUAACGGUAGCAAAAUAUGUUACAUAUUGUUUCGCGGAUAAUACGUGGUGGCCAUACAACAUCAUGAAUUGCACCAUACAAAUUGGAUCGUGGUCACAUUCCGGUGACGAGAUCGAUCUCGUUCCUUUGCAGAAUAUGUCAUUAGAAUUAGUUUCUAAAGAUGUUGAAUGGGAUUUGUUAAAAAUGUACGUAACUAGAUGGGAAAGCAAGUAUAAAUUCAAUGAAGGUUCCACAGCUAAAAUGCUUUCUUAUCAUUUUAUUCUAAGAAGACAUUCGGGCAUCAUACGAAUUGCGUAUAUAUUGCCUAGUAUAGUGCUAAUGGUGAUGAUUCUGACGGCAUUGUGGCUAGAACCGAAAUCUUUCGAGCGAAUGAUUAUUGCUAAUAUCAGUUUCAUUUGUCAUUUAUUAUGUAUACAAGCCAUACACUGGGAAGUGCCAAAGAGCGGCUUCAACGUUCCUAAACUGAUCAUCUUUUACGAGAGCUCUUUCGCAAUAGCAUCGUUUACUCUCAUACUUACUAGUAUCCUGCGACACUUGCAAGAAUUUACUACUGAGCCACCCACGUGGAUUUCAGUCAGCACAACAUCUAUAUUACGUAGUCGAAUUGGACAAAUUCUUCUUGUCAGUAUUUUAGAUCCGGCCAUAACAGCAAAAAUAGAAAUUGACGCAGAUGACAAUACUGAUCUUGUACAAUCAAGUAGCAAGAAAUCGCCAUGGACAUAUGUUAUAGUACUCAUAGGGUGGUUUGCAUUUCUAGGUGUGCUUCUCACUUAUAUCAUAUUACUAAGCACGUAUUUUCCUACACAUUAUACUGUAGUACCAUAAAUUCUUAAUAUACAA